AUGACAGGUUAUAGUACGCUCCGUAGCCGAGAAAUACGGCUUCUUCAUUUAUCGCCUCUUACACGUACUCGCGACAAAGAUGAGAGCUUGCCUUCAUUGACUGGGCCUACCGGGCAGCCACUGUGCUUGUCUUUCCAUGUGGUGAGCUUGGGUCAGACGGAGAUACCCAAGUUCGUGGCUCUAUCAUACGCUUGGGGCGACGUUGGGAAAACACUUGACUUACAAGUCUCUGGUCAUCCCGUCUGUCUAACUCAUAAUCUAUACGACAUACUUCAGUGUCUUUCUCUCGAUGAAUCUUCCGAAUUCUUUUGGAUCGAUGCCUUGUGCAUAAACCAAGACGAUGUUGAUGAGCGGUCUACACAGGUGCUCCUGAUGCGAGAGGUAUACUCCUUGGCAACAUCCGUCCGAGUAUUCUUGUCGCUUGAAUCCGAGCCGCUCAAUAUUGGCAUGACGUUCCUGGAGCAGGUGGCGUUAAAUCCCGAGAUGCACUUCAGUCCGGAUCUCUCUCCAUGUAUAACAGUCGAGGGCCUGACUGUCGCUUCUGAAGAAUUACGCGAAUCCUUCAUUGCUUUCUUCGCCGCUCCUUGGUGGACACGCAUCUGGCCAGUGCAGGAGUACGUGCUUGCCAAAGAGGUUGUGUUCCAAUGCGGAAAGCGCCGUUUGGAGGGUAGCAAGAUUCAAACUGCUCUGAAAAACCUGGUGCGUCACGAGAGCACGUGUUGUUGGGCUGCUCGGCGAGCUAUCGAUGGUAAUGCUAGGGGUUACCUGGAUAUACCGAGCAAAGCACACGGCUCGUUGACAAUAUUUCACGCCACUUUACGCCUUGAUAAUCUUCAGAACAUGCUGAGUCCUGAAGACUACUUAAUCUACAACCUCUUGGAUGCCAUGGCACUAUUCCGAACCCGGGAUUGUUCGGAUCCCCGCGAUCGAAUAUUUGGAAUGUUGGGUCUAAAAUUUAAAGAUGAAACGCUAAGAAACAACAUCGAAGUCAACUACAAAAUUCCUGAAGCUCAGCUAUAUGAAUCUAUCACGUUGAAGAUGAUUGAGAACUCCGAGUCCCUCAAUGUCCUCAGUCAUGUGCUGAGUGGUUCUUUCAUCAAACAACAGAUGCAUCAGCUGCCAAGCUGGGUGCCUGACUGGACUGCAGAAAUGGAUGCAACAUCCCAUUUAAUGUACAUAGAGCGGAUGAAGUUCCUCCACCAGUUUCAAGCCUCAGGGGCGAUGAAACCCUCAUGGAAAGCCAUAGCCUCUGGCAAGAUUCGCACGCAUGCUAUAAUCAUUUCUAAAAUUUCCGAAAUAGCGCCCGGCUACCCACGAGAUUACAAUUCCCUCCCUGGGCGACUGGUCUUGGAAGAAUGGCGGCGACUUGCUUGCUUGCCCAAAAAUGGCAUCGAAGAUUCCUCACAUGGCAACGCAGAAUUAUCCCGACGAGAGAAGGAAUUUCGAGUCUUUCUUUGCGGCUACUUGACCCUUAAAUCCUGGUCUGAUGAUGAACUGGAAAGAGCUUAUGACACAUGGGCGAACUGGUUCACACACGAUAAGCCGGCAUCACUUCCCUUGGAAACGAGGAAUGACGCGAGAGGGUUCGACAACUUGGUUCGCUUCACGAGCUCCGGAAGAAGCUUUUUUGUGGCUGAAAAUGGAUUGAUUGGAUUUGGACCUGAACCGAUGGAAUUUGGGGAUAGUCUAGUCGUGAUUCCCGGUGGGAGGGUGCCCUACGUCCUGCGGAAUGUGAAGCACGGAACCAGUGAAGGGUCCAUGAUGUGCACGUUUGUUGGUGACGCCACUGUCCAAAAUAUGAUGUUUGGGGAAUUUGUGACAUCAAAGGCGCCUGGAGAAGCCCUUGAUAUGCAGGACAUAAUUCUUCUCUAA